CCUUCUGGAGUUUCCCGGACAGCGAGGAUGACAUCCGCCUAUACUCAUGCCUUGCAAAUGGGUCGGCUGAUGAGUUUCAAAGAGGAGAGCAUUUGUUCAGGGAUAGAGCUGUUAAAGAUGUUCUGCAGAUUGGUUUCCACCUAUCUGCGAGUGUAACACUCAGUAUGACCAGAGCUCAGUUCAAUGUGGCAGUAACAUUUGACAGACAGAAAAUUUCUUCAUGUAAUUGUACUUGUUCAUCAUCUGCUCAUUGGUGUUCUCAUAUUGUUGCAGUCUGUCUAUACAGAAUACAUUUACCAACGCAAGUAUGUCUGCGAGCACCUGUAUCAGAAUCGUUACAAAGACUACGAAGAGAUCAGUUACAAAAAUUCGCGCAGUAUCUAAUAUCAGAACUACCGCGACAAGUUCUACCAACGGCUCAACGGAUUUUGGACGAGUUACUGUCGGCUCAACCUAACCAGAUAAACACGACCUGCGGCGCACCCGACCCUACCGCUGGAGCGUCAGCCUAUGAGUACACUUCCUGGUUUCUGGACGAAAAAACCUUGCAUAACAACAUCAAUAAGAUUUUAGUGAAGUUUUGUGUUCCAACACCGAUAGUCUUCAGUGAUGUGAACUACCUUAGUACGAGCGCUCCGCCCGCGGCCGCAGAAUGGUCGUCACUGUUGAGACCCCUCCGAGGCAGAGAGCCGGAGGGGAUGUGGAACUUACUCUCCAUUGUGCGGGAAAUGUUCAAACGGAGUGACAGGAAUGCUAUACCUUUGUUGGAGAUCAUUACGGAGGAGGUCAUGGCGUGUGAACAGAUCAUAGUAUGGUGGUACAGCACAAAGGCGGCGCUAGUGGCGUGGGGCGGCGGCGGCAAGCACGGCGCCGCUGGCAACUCCGCCGCUCAACACGCCUGCUCGUCGCUUUGUGACGAGGUUGUGAUCCUUUGGCGACUUGCGGCACUAAACCCAGGAUUGGCGCCGCACGAGAGAGACACUUUGCACGAGCAGUUUGCACAGUGGCAUAUGAAAGUUCUUGAUAAGGUGGCAAAGAAUCGCAACAACCACAACAUAAACACGUCGUCGUCAUCACACCCGCGACAUUCUCGCGCGCACUCGCACCCGCCUUACAUCAACGGCAUCAGCGAAAACGAGGUGUUCCCCGGCUUCCAUCCAGCCAUGGAAGCCUGCUUCCUCGAGUGGGAUGACUACCAGAUACCGGGCGUCACUUACACUAAAGAACUGAACCCUCUGUACCACAGCCCUUUCACUAUAUUCCGGCAUUCCGAAAAGGAUAGUGUUCAUCAGGUGAAUUCUUCAAAAGCAGUGUUGAACAACGAGAUGUCGCUCAGUUAUCGGCUCACGAACCCGGACCCUUCGAUCCAGGGACACAGGACGUUGGUGCACAGGCCUAACCGAGUGACGAUCGAUAUUGCUAUGCCGGGCCCUUCCAAUCAGCCCUGCGGUUCUGGAGAAGGUCCAAGUGAAGUUCGAGAUACUGGCCCAAAUGACGGAAAUCAUUCCAGUGUAUCAUCUGAAGGUUUCUGCGAGAACGAGGAAGAAAUACUGCAGCAAAGUGGGGGAGAUACAGAUUCGCAGGAGUCCAGCUCCACGGGCGCGUCGUCCGAGGACGCGGUGCGGCGCGUGUCGCACGACGACUCCGUGUCCGACGACGACUGCAACCUGUACUACUACGACGCCGCAGCGGCCAGGCGCGUCGCCGUCGACAGCGCCACGGUUGUGCAUGCGAACGCAAGCGGCAGCAGCGGCGGCGGGCGCGGCCCCGCGGCGGUGGGCUGGGGCUGCGGCUGGGAGGUGUCGUUCGCACGCGCCGAAGGCCUGCACGCGCACGGCCACGCGCGCGAUGCAUGCGCGCUUGGUGCCAGACUCGCUGCGGACCUGCUCGCUUGCCCUCCCGCACUUGUUUGGGAUUCAGGUGGCGGCGGCGGAGCGGGCGUGGGCGCGGUACUGAGCGCGGCGGCCGAGGCGCGUCGUGCGCGGAGGCGACAUGCACCGUCGCCGCGCGUAUGCGCCGCCAGCCACCGCCUGUCGUGCCUCGCGUCGGCCACGCUCGCCAAGUGCGCCUUCCUGUGUACCGUCCUCGCAGAAUUCAACGAGCAUCAUGAACUAGCGUUCCGAGUAGGUUUAUACGCAUUGGAGAUGGCUCGGCCGCCCGCCAGCACCAAGGCGUUAGAAGUGAAACUCAACAACCAAGAGACUGAGCUUGUGGCCUUGUUGAAGAAACUGCCCACUGGGCCCGAACAACUUGUGUUAGCGAGAGAAAAGGCAGAACAAUUGCGCGAUGGGACGCUGAGAAAUCGAGGACCUGCAUUGCUACCGAUUGCGCUUGCAAGUUUCUUGUUCGACGUGCUUGUUUUGCCUGCUACAGACAAAGAAAAUAAACAUCCUACAAGAGUGCCGUCAGAUGAGAUGUUAGGAUUCGAAGCGGCGGUAGCAGCGUUGGGAUUGAAAGCGAACGUUUCGGAAGCCGACCACCCUUUGCUCUGCGAAGGGACCAGGCGGCAGCGCGGCGAGUUGGCUCUCACUUUGCUCUCAUUCUACAAGGAUGACCCUGUCAAACUAGCCAGGAUCAUGAAUAAGCUACUAGAUCGUGACAUCCACCAGCUGACGAAGGGCCCGAUGGUCAGCAUGUACUACACUAACAACGCGCGGUUGGCCGCCGCCUACCGAGCUGAGCCCACGUACAACCACCCUGUCCAUUCUAUUCAUACGCAACAUUCUGCUCCCGUUAUACCACCGCCAGCACCACCAUGCCCGCUCGUGGGUGAAAUGGAUCGGAUGGCGGUUGCCGAAGGCGGCCCAUCUCCGCCCGCAAUGCCACAUUCAUCGCACCAAUCUCAUCAAUCUCACCAGUCGCAUCAGUCGCAUCAAUCGCAUCAGUCACAUCAAUCCCAUCAGUCUCAUCAAGCGCAUCAGUCACACCAAACGCAUCAGUCACACCAAACGCAUCAGUCUCACACCAACACGCACCAACAACUCCCCAGACUUAAGGACUCAAGAUACAAAGGCAAACGGCUAUAUCCAUCAGUACCAAACCAACCGUCCGAAGCAUUGGCCCACUUUAUGUUCGAGCUGGCUAAGUCUGUACUGUUCAAGGCUGGGGGCUCGUCCAGCACCAGUUUGUUCACACAGACGUCCUGUGCGAGGGAACACCAUGGACCACACAGAGGGUUACAUAUGGCAGCAUUUCAGUUGGGCCUUUACGCGUUAGGUCUACAUAAUUGUGUUAGUGCGAAUUGGUUAAGUCGUACAUAUUCUUCACAUGUCAGUUGGAUCACAGGACAAGCAAUGGAUAUUGGAGCCCCAGCUAUUUUAUUCCUGAUCGACGCUUGGGAGGGUCACCUGACGCCACCUGAAGCAGCUGGAAUUGCUGACAAGGCGUCGUCGGGUUGCGACGUGCACAUGGUGCGCGCGGCCGCGGAGCUGGCGCUGUCGGUGCUGCCGCACGCGCACGCGCUCAACUACAACGAGAUCCAGCGCGCCGUGCUGCAGUGCAAGGAGCAGAGCGACGCCAUGCUCGAGCGCGCCUGCCUCACCGUCGAGGCCGCCGCCAAAGGUGGAGGAGUAUACCCUGAAGUGCUGUACACCGUGGCACGCUACUGGCACGAGCUAUACUUGCGACAAGCGAGCGAGGAGGGCGAGGGCGCGCCCGAGGAGCCAGCAUACCGCGCGCUGCCGCCGGUGGCCGUGCCGCUGCCCUACCCGCUGCCGUACCCCUUCUACCCCUACCCGCCGCCCGCCAUCUACCAGCUGCAGGUCACGCAGCCCGCUCACUUCGGCGGAGCGGGCCCGGCGCACCCCGGCGCGCCGUUCGCGCUGCCGCCGUACUUCGUGCGUGGCAUCGUGGCGCCGCCGCACGCGCUGCCGCAGCACGUGGCGCACGCGCCGCUCGCGCACCCGCCACCCAUCGCCGUCACGCACCCAGCCCCAAUUCCGCCCCCAUUACCGGCGUCGGUGCCCACGGCUGCCGUGAGCAGCGUAGGCGUGAGUGGAGUGAACGGAGUGGCAGUGAGCACUGUGAGCGUGAGUGGGGUGAGCGGCUCAGUAGCCACCAACGUUGGCUCGCCGGCACUGCCUCAAGCCCAGCUGAGGAGACUGUUGGCCGCUUACCGUGUUGGAAUGUUGGCUUUGGAGACCCAAGCGAGACGCGUACACGAUGACCGCCCACAGAAUAAAUUUGGAAGUUUCGUGUCAUCCAGAAACCCGCCGUACGGCGAGCACGUAAAGUGGUUGCUGCGCAUCUCCAAGCGUCUGGGCGCGCAGUACCUCCACCAGUUCUGCGUGUGCGCCGUCAACUCGGUGGUGUCGCCGUUCGUGCUGUACGAGCUGUGCGUGGAGUCCGCGCACUGGCUGGCGCGCGGCGGCCCGCACCACCUCGUGAUGCAACACCUGCGCGGCACGCUGGCGCCGCUCGUCCACAAGUGUCAGCAGAUGUACAUCCAGUGCAUACAUCAGAAGCUGUACCACCUGACGUCGGUGGAGUACGAGGAGUUCGUGGGCAUCGUGCUGUCGGCGCGCACCGCCUUCCAGCUCACUCCCGAGGGCAACACGCAGUUCAAGGAGUGGCUCGCCUCGCUGCGCAGAUCUAAAUCGUGCAAGAAGGACCUGUGGACGCAGCUGAACGCGGCGCUGCAGACGAACGGCAAAUGACGCCGGCAGCCGAUAGUUUGUAGGAUGCGGUGCGCCGCGCGCAAACUGUCACACUCCCGGCGCUGGCCGCGCUGCCGGCUCGUCUACCAGCUGCACACGCUCUAACGGGGAUCCACACAUCCCGACAGGUGGCGCACAAGCGAACCGGCCGUACAGGUAGUAUCAUCUGCGGAACCGGCUAUACUGAGCUGCCAAACGCCAUAAUUUAAGAAAAAUGUCAUGUAAACGUGAAACCUAAGUAAGAAACUGAACAUGACAGCUUGUAUUGGCCGGAGUUCUUGUGGCACCCUCUAAGAUCAAUUUUUCUUGUGGAUCCCCAUUCCGCCCGCGCCGCCCGCGCUAGCGAUGGGGCAAGUCGAUUCUUGUUAACUACACUCGAGCGGCCACGCACACAGCUCCAGCAGUUACAACUAGAGAAUGAGCAUCAUUGCUACUUUUAAAAUUUUUUUUUUUGGUCAAAUUAUUUAACAGUAAUAUCAUAGGUGAUUUUUCACGAAAAGCGAUUUUUCCAAUUUUUUGCACUUACAAGUUUACUACAUUACUUUAACUAGACGUUUUUCUCUUACGCAGCGAUGCGAGUGUUCUCGCUCGCACACACUUUAGUGUAUUAGCUCGGGUCGACGACUAUGCGCGCGUGUAUCAGAAAUGUGAAGAUUUUUUAUUUAAAUAAACUAUAAGUGCUUUUAGAUCGUCAAAUUAAUCUACCACUCACUGCACUGGUUCGGAAUGAUCCUUCUACUGAGAAGAAUUAAUUAAAAAAUAAAGCGGGAUAUUUUCAAACUCAUUGAGAUUUUGCUUCGUGAUUUUUCACAUGCUACUUUUAGUAAGGCAGCAAAUGCUACAUAUGAAAUACGACAAAAGCUGCUAGAGUUGACGAGUAUUAUAAAUCGACUCGCCCCAUCGCUAUCCCGCAGUCGCCGGACUGUGCUACGAUCAUCUAUCGUAGUACAGUAUCUAUCGUAUCUUCGUAUCAGAGUUGACAUUGAUGCACUACAAAGUUCAGAGUUAAUGCAAAUCAAGAUUACGACAAAAUGAAGUUUAUUUGUUUUCGCGGCAUUAGUGAAUAAUAUUGUUGUAAUGGGAUGUUGCGUAAUGGCGGUAUCGAUUAAAAUUAUUUUUAAGUACAUCUCAGCGUUAGGGAUGUUGCCAACUAAUCAAAUCAGCAACUAUCAAACGUCAAAUCGCGCGCUUAGUAUGGGCGCUUGCAUGAAAUAAUGAAUGUGACGACAUAUUUGACGUCCUUUUAAGUUUAAUCGGUAAUUUAAAAUGGUUAUUACACUCAGAACUUAUAUUAUAUUGUAAUGGUUACUAUGUAUUUUCGAAGACCAUAAUCACUAAGAAAUAAUAAUUUAUUUUUGAUAUAUGCAACAUCCCUAUUAUGAUGAGUUGUACCUUAAAAAGCAGUUAAUUUUCAUUUGAUACACUUUAGAUCUCAUUUAAGGUGAACAAAAAUACUGUCUUUUCGAUUAAAUGUUGCCAGCUCCUGGGAUGCCUCUAAAAAUAUAUCGAUCUAUAUUGCACUAAACUUUCAUCUCUUAUAUUUUGAAGUUUAGUAGGAGUCAACUAAAAAUUAGAUUUUCAUUUUGAAAGUAUGUAUAUGAAGGACAGCUAGGUACGCCGGUCGGCAUUUUUGGGACCUGGGAAGAAGUACAUUUUUCAGGAUUUUUAGAAAUUUCCCCUCUUCUCUCACCGAUUUUUUAAUAUUUCACUCGAGCCAAGCCGGAGCGAGUCCGCUAGUCUCGCGUCUCUAAUGUAAUUGAAACUCGCAUUGGGAGCUCGGAACAUUUAAUGGUCUGAGUUUAUAAAAACUUUAUUCCAUUGACAACUUACAAAUAUUGUCAGACAGAACAGAAAAAUCCAGUUUUUUGAUAGUCAAAUAAAAUUUCCUGUAGGUGAAUCUUGUCGCCCGCUUUUAGACUAUAUAUCUUUACGGUGUGUUGCAAUAAACGUCACUCUUGACGCGCGGCUUUCUGCAUAGUUCAUAAUAAUUUUGCACAAAAGAUUUUAAAAUCAUUUUGUCACUUCACAUCUAUAUGUUGAUAAACUACUAGUCAUGGGUUUUUGGAAAUUUAUCGGUGAAUCUAUGACUGUCACUGAAUUUUUAUCUUGUUUUUAUUACUUUAUAGGCUAAGAAUUUUAAUACCUCUUCAUGCAAGAUCUCUCGGUAAUACUCUAUUCUGGGAGAGGUAUUGAAAUAAAUAAUAAAUGACGAAAAUGUUUAUCAUUGAACCGACAUUCUUUUAUAUGACGCACACUUUAGCUGAUAUUUUUUUGUGUUGUCAAGAAAGAUUCAGUUUUGAUGGGCAUUUUUGGUUUAAUAUUAGGUAAUUCCGGUAGGUACAGUAAUCGACUGGAACUUGACUCUUGAAUUGCUCAAUAUUUUUUUUUAAAUUAUGAUAAAAUAUUUAUGCAGAUAAGAAACAAUGAAAUUAUAAAAACCAUCCAUAUUUGCAGUCGUUUACUGACCCAUUGCCGUAGCAUAACAUACAAAAAUUAAGUUUUAGGAUGGUUUUAUGCAAUUCGUUCAAUUCAGCACGCACGAUUGUUUAGUUAACAAUAAACAUUAUUAAAAUAUACGUAUUUUGAGAAGUAUAGAAGUCAGUACUAGUCAUACUCGGGUAAUAUAAGUGGGAGAAAGAUUUGAAGAAGUAGAAUUUAGAACUCAAGUUUCAUCACAAAUAUUGGUCAAGAUACGAAUUGAACCUUUUGGAUAGAGCCGCUCUAAUUACUUUGUACUGUGUUGAUAUGCUCACUUAACAUUAAAACGCAGUGUUAGCUAAUUUGUUUGAGAUCUCCGAUACUUUAGAACUUUUAAAACUUUUUUUUUAUAUUAUUUAAUUAUGAUCUGACUGGUUAUAUUUAACAAAAUAAUAUUUCUAAAAUGUGUAUUUUGAAUGGGUACGUAAAGGUAUAAUUGGCUUUUGGACGUACUCUUAGUUUUGGUACCUAGAGUUGGAUUCAAUGCGAUGUUAACGACAAGAUCUGGUACCAUCGUUUGGGUUGUACGUUGUCGGUUGUCGCGGUUCGACUCGCUGGGGUCGCCUCGCCUGAGAAAAAGCGGCGAGAUUAAAAUUCAAAAUUUACAAUAGUCCAUUUUAUAUCGAUGAUCGGCUAAGAAGUUUCAAGUGACCUAAAAUAGUCAUUAGACUACAGAUUAUUAGACAGAUUGUAGAUGACGACCGUCGAUUCACUAUUUUUGAUAUAAUCUUGUCGAAAUUUGCAGUUUCAUGGAUGUUUAAUUAAUAAGGAGUUGCGGAAAUACACGUAACCGACGUUCGAUUAACUAGAGUAACUUUAUUUACAAGUUUAUAUGUAUUAUUAUAUUAGUAUUGUAAUGCAAAGUAGCAUCUUGAGAGCCUUUGAAUAUAACUAUAUUAUAACUAAUAGGAGGACAGCUGGUGACAGCCCGCUCAUUCCGAUGUCAGACGAAUUUUCAUCUAAUUUCAUUUUUUUUUUACCACGUUAGACAACGACGCAAUAAAUUAAGUGCACCAAACUUGUUGUCAUAAUAUUAUUUUGCUUAAUUAGACAAGCAGUUGCAUCAUAACAUGCGAUAUGUCAAUAUCAGGUAAUGGCUAUGAAAUAGAAUUUAAACCAAAAAAAUUAACAUCACAUAAAAAGCAAGGAUUUUUACUGUAUUUUUGUCGAUAACUGUCUUUAGCGUAUAUAAAAAUCAGAUUUCUUAUAUUUGAGUGUUUGUGAUUAUUUUAUUAGUAUAUUGUAUUUAGGUAUAUUUAAUUAUUUUGCAUGUUGUUUAUACAUUCUUACUGCUUUUGUUUUUACAUGAUAGUUCCACUUAGUUCUUUUUUCUUUACAGUUAUUGUAGCUUUUAAAAAAAUCGGCCAAUGCGAGUAGAACUCGUACACAAAUGGUUACGUACAAGAAAUAACACUUUUUAUUUAAACUAUUGGUAGUAAUUUUCACAUCAUUUCAAUAGAAUAGGUGAAAUUUUCACACAUUCUGUGAAAAUUUCACCUAUUACGGCUCACGAGUUACAGUCAGCUGACAGACAGACGCGUCUGUCAGCGGACGGACAGCGGAAGCUUGGUAACAGGGUCCCGUUGGCACCCUUCAUGGAACUCUGAGUUAGGGGUCUGUAAAAUUAAAAUGAUGUUUAGGGUCUGUAAAAUUAAAAUUAUGUUUCCCGUCGGUAAAAUUGUGUUUUUUGAAACAAUUCAUUUGAAGAGUUCUUAGUUUACAGUCCUUCCGAUUUUCCCGUAUAGGGUCUGCAAAAUUAAAAUUAUGUUUCCCGUCGAUAAAAUGGUGUUUUUCAAACCAUUCAUUUAAGGAGUUCUUAAUUUACAGUCAUUUCGAGUUUCCUGUAACGUCUUUAGCUAAAAUUACACGCUUAUUCAGUCGUUUAAAGCCACUUUUUCAUAAUUUAACGUUUAUGGACACGAGAAAAUUCAAAAUCUAUUCUAUUUCUGACAUUGGAAUGAUAUUGCUGCCAGCUUCGGCGUCGAAUAGUUCAAUAUUUUUAAUAUAAGGUAUAACUGUUUAUGCAUUCAUUAAGCGUGGAUGUUCUUUGCAUUCAGUAGUUAGUAAAUUUUAGAAUGCUAGUUAGUAUAAAUUCACGUUUUGUAAUCGGAUGAAUCGCUACCACGACCCUUAAAUUCGGCCUUUAGAAAUGCAAAGUUUAGUGAAUGUUUAUAGUUUUCUGAGAAUAAGUGAAUAACCCAAUGUACUUACAUACUGACCCCACACCGAUUUUUGUAUUACCGACACGUUAAUAAUGCACUUUGAGAUUUACACGGCUAAAACCAUGAAGCUGUGUUAGAUAAGAAAUUCUAGAUAUUUCGCCUAUUAUACCUAGUAAACAAACCUAUGAUAUAAUUGGAUAAUGUAGCGCUAGAUGCAAUUUAAUACAUUUUCGUAUUAAACACGUAAAAAUAUUUCAUAAUAACUUGCCGUCCAUGAUUAUUUUGCGAAUCUAUAUUACUUUGCGACAGUAAAUACUCAUCCUACAUACAUAAGCUAAUUUGCCAUAAUAUAUUUAAAUUUGAGCAUUUCUUAUUAAAUAUCUAAAUUGGUGACUGCUCGAUGGGCAUUAUUAACAUUUUCUGGUAUCAUUAAAGCAUUCAGACUUCGGUUGAAGAGUGCUUAAAGUAAAUUCGUCUCAAAAACUAUUUUUACACUAAUAUAAAACAUACUUAUUAUAAUAUAAUAUUGAAAGAAAGAUAAAAUAUAUCGUAGUUUCAUAAUUAUAAGACGUUAGUAUGAAGCAUAUUUUAAUUAGUCGUUUAAUGCAUGUCAUAGAUGUAAUUAGCCCAGUGUCAAGCAAGAUUGCGUAAGUGUUUUGGUAUUUUUAUUUGCAGAAAAUUGAUAUUUUACAUAUCAGUUAAAUUUCUGCUAUUGCACAUACAUGCACUGUAUUCGCUAAUCACGUUCAGUUUGUACCAGUGCAGUGCUCGAAACAUUCAUCACAAUUUUAAGCAAUGUAGAAACAAAGUCACAACCUUAUCGAAAUAACUGUGGAUUAGACAUACAUUGUUACGAGAAGUUACUUUGUAUUUUAAAGGUAAAUGUUUUAGUAGUAAAUUGUUGAAUAAGAUUAAUUCACUAUCUGAACAAGAAAAAGAGAUUGUCCCGUCUGAUCUGCGAAGAAAAAACUUGUAUGUCUUCUGCACAGUUUUAUCUUUCUGUAAAAAUGGGCCUCUCGAUUGAUAUACAUAUUAUAUAUGAUAUGAUAAUUCAGAAACGAUGAAAUGCAAUGUUAUUUCUCUGGUUACUAAGUCAGACCCAGGUGUAUAAAAUAUACAGUUGGUAGAAGUCAAAUUUUUAUGCAUAAUAAUUAUUGAGGAAUAAAUCUACGUUACAUCACAAUUGAAACCUAAACUAUUUAUUAAAGUAGAAAAAUGAUUAAUUAGUCUCAAUGAUGCAUAAUUUUAUACAUCUGGAUUGUAGUUUAAUUAUACACUUUGUAAGUGUGUUGUCCGCCUAUUAAAUUUGUAACCAUUACGAUUGAAAUGGCUACGCGUUAGUGUACGUAAUACUUUAUAUAUUAUUGUAUGUUCCAUAUCGCAUAAUUUUCAAUUUGCAAUCGACAUAGAGGCACAGCUAGGAACGAUCCUUAUUGUUCGUUUUUUGAUUAUUUAUUUAUGGCUGUAAAUGAAUUUUAGUAUAAUUUCAGAAUUUAUAAAUUUUUUGUCACAAAGUUGAAGUGUUAAGUUUUUAGUAAACGAAACUCCUUUGAAUCGUUCUGGUAAACGUCCAACCGUAUGAGAAGCUGUAGAUUCUAAAAUAGCGUUUUUUACAAAUUAAACAGACUACGUUUACUAAAAAACUCACUCUGGGGUACAGUUGGAGCUGGCCUCCGUGUCACUCUUGCAGGACUAAAGACUGACAAGAACGCUCUGCGAAAUAGUCAAAACGAAGUCUUAAUUUAAUAUCAGCGGAAUGUCUGUAAACAAAUCCCAUUGUUCGUAUCACAGUUGACAUGUUUUGGAACAGUUUCAGAUUUGUUUUAUGACAUCCUGUAUUUAUUAUAGGAGUGCCCAUACAUUUUAAAUGACUAAAUUUUAAGCACUAGUGUUCCGUUGUCGCAAAUGGUUGUAAUAAUAAAGUUAUUAUUAAUGAUUAGUAAAAUGAUAGACUGUUAUGCACGAUUUCUGGUUCAACCGUGUCGACUCUUACACGCAUGUUGUCGCUUUCCAUGCAAAGAAAAGUUUUGUUGUUGUGAACACUUUGUGAUGACAAGUUGGUAUUGAUUGGCCGUUGCAUGUGAACCCACAACGUGUGAGUUUAUCAAACCUUUGGUAUAUUUCCUAUUUGCAGUACAUAUUAUCUUUCCACGUUUACUAUGUUUUUACUCGAACUAAACAUUUUGACCUCUUAGAUAAUUUUAAUGAUUACUUUUAUGGAUACACCUAAGUCUUUUUUGGCAAAAUAUUUGAAGUAACAUUAUUUAAUUAUUCAAUAUACUUAUUCUAUAUUUAAGA